CGCCCGACACAACAAAAACGCUCCCGGUCCAACUUCGUUGAUUUUUAAUUGUAAACAAAUUUAAUAAAUAAUAGAGGUAGCUACUGGACCUGUGGAACUACAAGGAAAACGCGAUUUCUGGACGCUCUUUAAAAGCUCAUCACUCUCAGGCGUCGCCUGUUUUCAUUCAUUGCGAGGAACGCGCCUUCCAGUUUAAUUCAGUUUGUGAUAAAAAGAGACGCAACUCCCGAGAUACAAUCAACAAUCAGCAGGCAUUUAGAAGAGCAACAAAAUGUGCGACGAAGCCGCUGCGGAUCAUCAAGAUCAUCAUGUCCAUUUCGAUGCUUCUUCGGUCAAGUCCGAUGGCUUUGAGUCGGACAGCUGUGUGACAUAUCAGCGCUCGGGCGACACGAUCGCCGUCAGUCUGGGCUUUCUGCAGAUCAGUCAUCGCUAUCUGAUCGACCUGAAGCUGCCGACAACGGUGUUUGGCAACACGGGAGCGCCGGGCAGCAAGUUCGUGCCGGUUGUGAGCGCCACACCGAAUCUGCAUUGCCGUAUAACAGAGUUCGCUGGCACCAAGCACGACGAGCAUGACUUCUUCGAGAUGAAGAUCGAGUUCUUUGCCUACAAGGAGAAGCUGCUGCGCGAGGUGCUGCACAUUGUCAGCGCGAGCAAUGCCAAGGAGCUGCUGCAGCUGGUGAUUGCCGCCCGGGUGCUGGGCAAGGGCAAGGGAACGCCCAUGCUGCGCACGGGCAUCCACUGCAUCGGCGUGGAGCGGGACGACGACGAAUCGGAGGCCUCGGACUUUGCGGGCUUCGACAACAGGCCCUAAGGGAGAGGAGCAAUUUGUUUUCGUAGUUAAUUGCAGAGAUAUUUACAUAGUUCUUAAGUAAACGGAACGAAGCAAAGGAUUAUUCUAAAAGUAUAUAUGAACUAACUCUAAGUCUUGCCUGCAUGGUAACGUAACCAAUCAAUCAAUCAAUCAACCAAUCAACCAAAUUAAUCGUAUGUGAAACUCAUAGAGCAUUUGCAUUUAGAUUUCGGUUUCAAUUUUGUUUGUUGUACUUAGAGUUUUGACUCGCAAGAACCUGACUGGCGGCAAUGUUAACCCACUCAGCAGCUCGGUUUCACGCGCUCUUUUGUGUUGUCCAAGAAAGUAAAUCAAGUUUUCAUGGAAAGUUUUCAAGUCUAAUGUGAAAAUACAUUGAGAAUCUGUUGAACUGAACUCGGUACGUCUCAAAGCUAUAAGACAGCUUGUAUGUUGUGGAAUAUGCCACAAAGAAUACGUAUUUUAUGUAUUUUAUAUUGUAGAAACCUCAACUGCUGUCUUCUAGCUGCGAGACGCGCUGUAAAUGUGUCAUGCAUUUUGUUGUACUCAUGCCCCAAAUGUACUUUAGUCAAUCAAUGGAACAAUUAACACUUCAAACAGACCAAACCGCAAGCCUUUUUCAAAAUGUGUAUAGAAUAAAUAAGACAUUUUAAAUACGAUUAUGUGCGCAGACCCAGGGCCAACUCGUGGUGCAGCCUCUCACCUCAACUAAAGCAUCAAACGAACCACAGAAAACAUAAUUAUAAAUUAAUCAAAUUAGGCCAAAAGUAUCCUUAGUAUGUUUACUUGUAUUUGCACUGUCGAAUGUAUAAAAGCAGCAGAGCUUAGUGUGGCUUCGGCAGUUCAGGGCUCGGCACCCAUACCCUGUCAUGUUCGCAGUGAGCUUCUGCAGUGUAAAGCAAUAAGCCGGUUUUGUAGCCACACACACACAUGAUGAUGCUGCAAUUAUUAUUAUUUUCUAUAGUAUAGAUAGAUGAUGACGCACCACGAUCAGUCAGUCAGUCAGCAAUUAGAUUUUGUAAAUUCCAAUUCUACACAAAUCCCAAUUCAAAUGGGAGCUCAAUUCUGUGCUAAGUAUUUACAAACAUGUGUAUGUAUUUAUGUGUGAGUUUAGGCCAGCAAAAUAAAAAGAUUCGUUGAGAAUCCCG